CCGAACACCGAACCUAGACUCCGCGAUCUUGGGCUUGUCACCAUCGCCGACGACUACCACUACCGCCACCACAUACCGACAGCGACGAUGCCUCCACGGCUACUAUCCCCAUUGCAUCUGACGACAUGCUGUAGCCGAGCCCUGCGACCCUCGACGAACCCCCCGAGCCUCGUCUCCCUCUUCGCCGGCCUGUCCAUCGGCACUACCACGUCCACCAGCUCCAUCACCACCACCACCGCCCGUCGCAAUGCCUCCAUCCUUGCUAGCUUGAGCGACAACAAGGGCGCCUACAAUAAGCGCAUCCGCGUCGGUCGAGGUGCCUCGGCCGGCAAGGGCAAGACAUCCGGAAGAGGUCACAAGGGUCAGGGUCAGCACGGCAAGGUCAAGCCAUGGUUCCAGGGUGGUCAGACGCCUUUGAUCGUGCAAAGGGGAACCAAGGGCUUCGACAACUUGCGCGCCCCCCGCAUGUCCAAGCUGAACCUCGACAAGCUCCAGCAAUGGAUCGACGCCGGCCGUAUCGACCCCACGAAGCAGAUCACCGUCAAGGAGAUCAUCGAGUCAGGCCUCAUCGGCACUGUCAAGGACGGCAUUAAGCUCCUCGGUCGCGGGAAGCAGGACCUGCGCCAACCCAUCGACAUCAUGGUCUCGCGCGCCUCCGCUUCCGCCAUCGACGCGGUCGAGGCCAAUGGCGGCAAGAUCCUCACGAGGUUCUACACCAAGCAGUCCAUUAGGCGCAUCCUGCGCGGCGAGAGCGAGAAUACAGACAAGCCCCUGCCCGUCGGAAAGGAGUACGUCGCCAGCGUCCUUGCCGAGGCGCGCUCAAAGCCCUUCAAAUACCGCCUGCCCGACCCUACGAGCCGUGAGGACAUCGAGUACUACCGCGACCCCGCCCACCGCGGCUAUCUGAGCCACCUUCUCAAGGAGGGCGAGUCGCCCAGUUUGUACUUCAAGGUACCCAUCCCGAGGAAGCGCGUCGUGAAGCCCGGCCGGGCGGCCCUCCAGAAGGCGAAGAAGGCCAGCGCCGAUGAUCUCCUCUGGUAAGCUGAGAAUCACCGACGGAGGAGCAGACGACUCAGGGGGUUCUUGAGGCGGCGGUGGGGAAGAGAGACCAAAGAAAAAGUCACGGCAGGCGAAAAGAAUGUACUAUUACUUCCCGGCGACAUGUAUGUACAGACAUUGUAUACUACCCCAUGCAAAAAGAACGCUGGGGGCUUUUCUCACUCGUCGGUUUCCGUCUGAUAUUGACAGAGGUCCCUCGCCUCGGAACUCGGGCAUGAUUUCAUUUGGAAAGAGAAUUGCCCGGGGGAGACGGGAGAAAGAGUUUAGCUUAACUUUCUUCCUCGUCAUUAAAAUGUUUUGAGAACCGCCCCCUCCCCCUUCUCUCUCUUUUCCUCCCCCACACAUGCCACGGCGCGCACGGGUAGAUCU